UUUUAAAUGUAAAUGAGAUCACUCAAGGAGGGGCUGAAGUUCCAUGCCUAUGCCGUCAAAUUCGGUCUUCUACCAAGAAUCAUCACGGCCAAUCAAAUCAUCGAUCUCUACUCAAAACACCAUCUUACCAGAGACGCCCAUAAACUGUUCGAUGAAAUUUGCGACCGCAACGUCUACUCUUGGAACACCAUAAUAAACGCUUAUGUCAGAAGCAGAAACCUCCCCAAAGCAAAGGAGCUUUUUUAUUCUUCCCCCUUCAAAGAUACCGUCACGUAUAAUCUGGUGAUAUCGGGCUAUGCGCGCAGCGAUGGUUAUGAAAGUAAUGCUAUUGAGUUGUUCAUCCAUAUGCAAUCUGAUGAAGACGGAGCUCGGAUCGAUGAGUUUACUCUCACCACAAUGCUUAAUUUAUUGGCGAAGCUACGGGUUCUGCGCUAUGGCAUCCAAGUUCAUUCAUUUAUGGUGAAGAGCGGGAAUGAUAGGAGUGGUUUUGCUUUAAGUUCUUUGGUAGAUAUGUAUUCGAAAUGUGGGAGCUUCUGGGAUGCUUGCAGGGUUGUUGAUGGACGAGGAGGCGAGGGCGUGGUGGAUUGUGUCGUGAACAACGCGUUGAUAGCUGCUUGUUGCAGAGAGGGGCAGCUGGAAAUAGCUAAGGAGAUUUUCUUAAAAGAUCCCGAGUUGAAUGAUGAGGUGUCGUGGAACACAAUGAUCGUGGGGUAUGCUCAAAACGGGCGCGAGGAGGAGGCAGUGGAGCUGUUCAGGUGUAUGGCGAGGGAGGGGUACAGUUGGAACGAGCACACGUUUGGUAGCUUAUUGGUGGCUUGCUCUGCAUUGAAGAGCUUGAACCUUGGGAAGGAAGUUCAUGCUCGGGUUUUGAAGGAUGGAAUGUUUUUGAACCCGUUUAUUUGUAGUGGCAUCGUUGAUAUCUAUUCGAGAUGUGGUGAAAUGAGGUAUGCUGAUUGUGUUCUUAGAGCAACUGGGAUGAGGAACGUGUUUGCUGUUACCUCAAUGAUUGUGGGAUAUGCAGCAAGCGGUGAGAUGGGGGAGGCACGGAGCCUUUUUGAUUUAGCCGCUGAGAGGAAUUUUGUGAUGUGGACUGCUGUUAUCUCUGGUUAUGUGAGGCUGCAGAGAUGUGAGGAUGCUUUUGCUUUGUUUCGUGAGUAUGCAGCAGUGGAUGCGACAACUCCAGAUGGGGUGAUCCUCAUCAGCAUGCUUGUUGCAUGUGCUGUGCAAGCUGGAGUUGAUCCUGGGAAACAAAUUCAUGGAUACAUGUUGAGGGUUGGGAUUACGAUGGAUGAAAAGGCGAUGAGUGCUUUGAUUGACAUGUAUUCGAAAUGUGGGGUUUUACUCUAUGCUGAGAGAUUGUUUGAGAGGGUAAGGGUUAGGGAUACCAUCAUGUACAAUGUGAUGAUCGCUGGUUGUGCUCACCACGGCUUUGAACACGAAGCUAUUCGUCUCUUUGAGGAGAUGGUGGGGUGGGAGCUUCACCCAGAUGCUGUCACGUUCAUUGCACUUCUAUCUGCCUGCCGCCACAGUGGAUUAGUCGAAGCAGGUGAGAGCUAUUUUCUGUCAAUGAGUAGGGAUUAUGGCAUACAGCCUGAGAUGAAUCACUAUGCUUGUAUGGUUGAUUUGUAUGGAAGGGCUAAUCAGCUAGAGAAGGCUGUGAAGUUCAUGGAAGAGAUGCCCAUUGAGCCUGACAGUGUUGUGCUGAGUGCGUUUUUGACUGGUUGCAGAGCGAGCAAGAAUAUAGAGCUGGCAAGGAUGGCGGAGAAGAAGUUGGUGGAGAUCGAAGGGGAUGAAGGGUCAAGGCUUUUCCAGCUUGCAAGCCUGUAUGCAUCUGGCGGGGAGUGGGAGGAAAAGGGUAGGAUGAUGAGGAGGAUGAGAGGAAAGGAGGUGAAGAAGGUUGCAGGGUGCAGCUGGAUACAGGUUGGUGGUGGAGUUCAUAGUUUUAGAUCAGGUGACAGAUCUCAUGUAGAAGCAGAGGCUGUGUAUUCUACUUUGGGUUGCCUUCUUAGUGACCUGUAUUAUAAAGCAGUUGAUGAGAGCUAUCCUAUCUUGAUCGAUAACAAAACCCUGCUCAGCUGAUAAGAUGCUUCCUCUGUGACUAGUAGAUUGAGUUCGAAUCACUUCUAAGAGGAACCAUCCAGUGCCAAGAAUUGUUGCUUCAAACAAAGGCUAUGUGGUCUCUGCUUCAGUUAAAAUGUAAAUUUUUACAGGAUCAAGUGAGUAUUGCUGGAUUCGAUGUUCCUCUCACAGCAGAAGUUGCUGGGUUUGAUGUUCCUAACUCACCAGAAGCAAGUUACAACAAUGUUUACCCUGGAAGCAAAGAUGACGAGCGGCAACCACCUAUGCUACCCCCCACAGUGAUCCACUGAUCCUUGUGCAUCGCCACAGAAUGUCACUCUAAAUCAUUUGUAUAUUGAGAACAGAGAAGCUCCAAGAUCGGCGGUGGCGAUGGGUUUUUCUCAUUGCUUCGUUCAAAAUUUGUGACUGUUGUGCUCUAUAAACCUGUUCCAAGGAGGUGAGAAAGGGGACGUGCAUUUGAAUCACCCAUGAAGACUAGUCCUGUAUCUGCAUUGAUUAUAGCGUGCUGCAGAAACUAGCAAAGUUGGAAUUCAAUCCGUGAAGGUGCAUAUUCUUGAAAUUCAUUUGUGUUUAAUAUGUUUAUAUUUACUUACAAAUGACGUAAACGCUAAAGUUAUAAUUUAGUUGUGUAAUUUCUUACUUGAACUUUGCUGUC